UAUAAUAACGGGACUACUCAUUUUAAACCAACGGUUAUCUUGGUGUCGCUGGAUGGGUUCCGGAAUGAUUAUCUUGAAAGAGGUGUAACGCCCACUUUGACUAAUUUUGCAUCCAAGAAUAUCAAAGCAAAGCAUAUGUAUCCGUCCUUUCCAUCCAUCACUUUCCCAAACCAUUGGACACUCGUUACUGGCCUUUAUCCAGAGGCGCAUGGAAUUGUUGCAAAUGAAUUUUAUGAUCCUCUACUUCAAGCUGGAUUUAUUCAUAAGCAACCCGAAAUCAGUCUUCAGCCACGCUGGUGGGGAGGAGAGCCGAUUUGGGCAACGUCUACGUUGCAAGGAAAACGAUCGGGGGUUAUAAUGUGGCCAGGAGCUGCAGUACCCAUCCAUUCAGCAACUGCAGAUUAUUUUAUCGACUAUGACCGAAGCAUGUCUGCAGUUGAUAAGAUGGACAUGGCCCUGAAGUGGCUUGAUCUUCCUUUGGAGAGACGACCACAGGUCAUAGCUAUUUAUAUUCCGCAGAUUGACCAAAAAGGACAUGGCGGUGGUCCAGAUGGACCUCAGAUGAAUAUGGUUCUAUCAAAUAUGGACAGUGCUAUAGAGCAUCUGCUAAAUGGAUUGGAUAAGCGAAAUUUAGGCUCGCAUGUACAUGUAGUGAUUGUUAGUGAUCAUGGUAUGGCUGCAACUCAUUCUUCACAGUUGAUCUACUAUGACGAUAUUAUACCCCAUGAUCUUCUACCUUACUUGGAACGCGAGGCUUGGCCACUUUUAAGCCUAAGACCUGUCAGCGAUGCACCUCCAGAUAUCAUUGAGCGAGUUUAUGAAGCUCUUUAUCUUUAUACCCAAAGUGUAGAUGAACCCCACUUCGAGGUCUAUUUACGGCAAGAUGUACCCGAGAGAUUUCACUACAAUUCUACAGAGCGGAUUGCGCCUAUUGUCACCAUACCUGAUCCAGGCUAUUCAUUUGUCACCCACAAGGAAUUUGAUCCAUCUCUCGGCAAAGACUACAGACCUCGUGGAAUGCAUGGUUAUGACAAUAAGGCGGUGGAAAUGCGGGCUAUUUUCAUGGCAAGAGGACCGACUGUAGAGCGUGAGUAUAAGGCAGGUGUGGUGCUGGAACCAUUUCAAAAUAUAGAAGUGUAUGAGUUUAUCACACAUAUUAUGGACCUAACACCAGCACCAAACAACGGAACACUUCAUGGAAUGUUUAAGGCUAUUUAA